AUGGACUCAAUCAUCGAGGUGCAGCGACACACACACGAGGAAAUAGAGCAAUUUGAACGGGCCCUGUACACCAUCCUCUCGAAACCGCAGCCUAGUCACGAGUCGCGCCUGCAAGUCGAGCACAAGACAUCUCAGCUACUCGACCGGCUCACUUCUAGGCUGGUCGGUCUGAACAAUCUGUACGAGGAUCAGGAUACGCGCAAAAUUGAGAUCAACUCGCUGUCUGCGCCUCCACAGCAGCAAAGCGACUUGUCUGCUUUCUACGCGCGGCUAGGUCGGAUACAAGAGCAUUAUGCCAAGUAUCCUGAUGCUAUCGUGGGAGGGUUCGACCCAGAGUUGACUGCUUUCCUUGAAGAGGGGCAAGAAACUGGGGGUGACGAGGAGUACGAGGAAGACGACCCUGUUGCCCUACUUUUCUCGGGUGAAGAGGCUUACGGCAAAUACCUUGACCUGUAUGCUAAUCAUACUGCUUAUAACAAUCUCAAGAACAUCGGCAAACGUAUCGGCUACUUGCAGUACUUGGACGCCCUUCUUGCCGCUCAGUCCGGACCCGUUCACUCUGAGCUCCCUGCAGACUGUCGUUUAACUCGGGACUACGAACUUUAUAUCAGGGCAUUGCACACAUACCUGGUGUCUUUCACAAGACGUGCACAACCUUUGGUCGACAUGGAGUCUCAGCAGAAGGAGGCUAGUGCUCGAUUCACGUCGAAGUGGGACGCCGACGAGAUCCUUGGCUGGGAAGAGGAGAAGCCAAAGAAGUUACAGCGGACGGUAAUGGCGAGGGUAUCUGGCCAGAAGCUGUACUCAAAGCAAACUGUGUACGACGCUCACUUGACGUCAAAGAAGCACAUCAAGGCUACACAAAAACAAGCGAACUCUUCAGAGCAGCCUCCCGCGAACCCGAACGGCCCGACCCAGCCAGCCCAUGGGCAAAACGGACACGAGGUGUCCCAGGCCGCUACGAAGUCCAAGCAUCGUAAUGCCGCAUUACUCACCCACCUCUGCACUCAGUUAUUGAGCGCACUCGUGCCUGUACUCAACGACACGAAGUCGAACGUGGAGCGUCGGUUCUCUCUAACCGCGCGUGAACGAGAACAGGAGCUUCUCGAACAGUCCAUGCCUCCGCCUGCUGCGGCUGCACCCGCAAACGGCGACGGCGGCGGAGAAGAGGAAGAAGAGGAAGAACGGAUCUACAAUCCUCUCAAACUGCCUAUGGGAUGGGAUGGCAAACCCAUCCCGUAUUGGCUCUACAAGCUUCACGGGUUGGGGGUCGAGAAAAACUUCGAUCGUCACUUCCAGGAGUCGAGACACGCUUUUGGCAUGCGUGCACUCGGUCUGCCCAAUACAAAGCACUUCCACGAGAUCACUAAGAUCGAAGAUGCCCUUGCCCUUGCUGAGAAGCUCAAACGAGAAGGCCGUCAUGAGAUCUUCGAGCAGGAGACCAUGGAGGAGCUGGAAGAUGAGGAGGGUAAUGUGUACAACCGCAAGACGUAUGAGGAUUUGAAGAAGCAAGGAUUGAUAUAG